GAACCGCGAACUCGUCGCCAACCAUCUCCUUCAGCGGCUUGCAGUCUUUGCGAGGCGGUGACGCCACCGUUGCAGCGUACUUUGCAGAACAACUCCAUAAUCAGGACAAAAUGGGAUAUCCACAAGAGAGCUUCAUGUUCACCGUGGGGAAGCUAGAUGCCGGAAUGGCUAUCCUGCUUGGGGAGCGCGCCCACCUCAUCGAGUUUCCCUCGCUGCUUCUCCCACCCGGCGCGACGACCGGGUCGAUAGUCAACAUAUCGGUGCAGCGCAACGUUGCCGAGGAGAAGAAGCGCGACGCUGAGUUCUGGCAGUUGCAAGAUGACAUCCUGCAGACGUACGGCACCCGCUCCCCCCAGUCUCCAAAGCUCGAACUCCGGAACGUUACCCAAACAUCCGUCACGCUCGAGUGGCCGCCCCUCCAGCUGGCCGCCGCCAAGCUCCGCUCUCUCGACAUCUACCGCAACCGCCAACGGCUCGCAGCGAUCCCUUCUCCCCUCACCAACACCUCCACCAAGCUCUCCGGCCUGCAAAUCGACACCGAGUACACCUUCCAGCUCGUCCUGCGCACCUCCGCCGGCAUCCACCCCUCGAACGUCCUCCACGUGCGCACGCACACCAUGGCCGACACCUCCGGCAUCUCCGUCUGCUUCGGCAACGUGCAGGACGCCGUGCUUCUCGAGAACGCCAAGAUGGCCCUCCGCGAGAUGGGCGCGUGCUGGAGCGAGAAGAUCCAGAUCGACACGACCCACUUCGUGUGCACGACUCCCGCCGCCACUCCCGGCGCCGCUGCCGCAUCAUCCCCCGGUGGCCUCUCUUCUGCGCCCGGCGUCGAGUACCAGAAGGCGCUGCAGCUCAGCAUACCCGUCGUCCAGCCACACUGGGUCCUCGCGUGCCACUCUGCCAAAAAGAUGGUGCCCAUCCACCCAUACUACCUCGGCGCAAACCCGCCCGCGCAGAUCACCUUCACGCGGCCACAGUCCAUGUCCCAAGCGAACCUCUCCCGCGGCUCGCCUGGCUCCCCAUCCGCACAGCAGACGCGCACAGCGAACCGACAGUCGCUCCCCUCACAGCGCGUGUCGACGACAUCUCCACCCGUGGCGGUGCCGAGAUUCGAGCCCACACCCGAGGAGCACGACGUCGAGCAGCUCAGCGUGGAGCACGACGAGCACGCGCCCGGGCAUGCGCGCAAGGGCACGAUGAGCAAGGACUUCCGCUUCCCGCCGCCUGCGCCGCUGCCAGAGAACGAGGAGCAACCGGCUCAAGCGCCAACCCCGCCACAGGAGGAAAAGGCUCCCGUGCACGCUCAGGAGACCCCCGAGUCGGAAGAGGCGAGCCUUAAUGCGGUGAGCGCUGUCGCGCCGUCGAGCGUGGAGGUGCCGCCGCCUCCACCUGUCGAGAAGGAAGUAGUGCACAGUCCGGUGCAUGACUCGGCAGACGAAGAUAUUGGGGAGACGGAGGAGAUUUCUCUGCAAUGACGGUCGAGACUGCUGAAGCGCACUCGUCACCAUCAUUCCGCAUCACUCUGGAGUGUGAUCAGGCAUUGCGAGGGACGAUCCGCCAGAGCACAGCUGCCGUUGUAUAGAUGUAUACCCAUUCAUUAGGCUUGUGCUCCUUGCUAUCUUCACUGUGACUUAGGAGAGUAGGUACUGCAGAGCUAGCAGAAGUUGAAUUGCGUCUGGGACAGUCUUGACAGCACCGUCCAUAUCAAUUUCAACCAAACAACAGCAUCAACGCGUACAGUACUUAGGAAGUGUGGCUAUUCAGGCAACAACAAGUCUGUCUCUGUAGAAUAUACUUUCUCGUAUCUCGUAA